CGUUGACUCCCCAGCCCAGCGGGCAGUGAAGCUGCUUACCAUGGAGCCCGUGACCAAGUGGAGCCCCAAACAAGUGGUAGACUGGACUAGAGGGUUGGAUGACUGCCUGCAGCCGUAUGUCCACAAGUUUGAGAGGGAGAAGAUAGACGGGGAGCAGUUGUUGAAGAUCUCCCACCAGGACCUGGAGGAACUAGGGGUCACACGGAUCGGACACCAAGAGCUGGUGUUGGAGGCUGUGGACCUUCUCUGUGCACUGAAUUACGGCCUUGAAACCGAUAAUAUGAAGAACUUGGUUCUGAAACUGCGGGCAUCUUCUCACAAUUUGCAGAAUUACAUAAGUAGCCGGCGGAAGAGUCCAGCCUACGAUGGGAACACGUCCCGCAAGCCCCCCAAUGAGUUCCUGACUUCUGUGGUGGAGCUCAUUGGCGCUGCCAAGGCCCUGCUGGCUUGGCUGGAUCGGGCUCCAUUCACAGGGAUCACGGAUCUCUCCGUGACAAAGAACAAAAUCAUCCAACUGUGCCUGGACCUGACCACGGCGGUCCAGAAGGAUUGCCUUGUAGCAGAAAUGGAGGAUAAAGUUUUAAAUGUGGUCAAGGUUUUAAAUGGCAUCUGUGACAAAACGAUUCGCUCUGCUACAGACCCCGUCAUGAGCCAGUGUGCGUGCCUGGAGGAAGUCCACUUACCAAAUGUUAGGCCCGGGGAAGGCCUGGGGAUGUACAUCAAGUCGACCUAUGACGGACUGCACGUGAUUACCGGAACCACAGAAAAUUCUCCUGCAGACAGAUCUCAGAAGAUUCACGCCGGCGAUGAGGUCAUUCAAGUCAAUCGGCAGACAGUGGUCGGGUGGCAGUUGAAGAAUCUGGUGAGGAAGUUGAGAGAGAAUCCCACGGGCGUGGUGCUGCUGCUGAAGAAGAGGCCCACGGGUUCCUUCAGCUUCACUCCCGCCCCGCUGAAGAACCUGCGCUGGAAGCCGCCCCUCGUGCAGACCUCACCCCCACCCACCACAACCCAGUCCCCAGAGAGCACCAUGGAUGCCUCCCUGAAGAAGGAGAAGCCGGCCAUCCUGGACCUGUACAUACCUCCUCCACCUGCUGUCCCCUACUCUCCCCGGGAUGAGAAUGUGAGUUUCGGCCACGGAGGACACGGGAGAAGUAAGCAGCCGUUGCCUGGACGCAAGGGCUCCGAGUCCCCUAACUCCUUCCUGGACCAGGAGAGCAAAAGACGCACGUUUACCUUCGCAGAUUCCGAUCAGCUGCCCGGGUAUUCGGUGGGAACCAAUAUCCUGCCCCCCAAAAUGAGAGGGAAGACGCCGUCCUAUGGCAAGCCCCGGCCUCUGUCCAUGCCUGCUGAUGGGAAUUGGAUGGGGAUCGUGGACCCUUUUGCUAAACCUCGAGGUCACGGGAGGAAAGGAGACGACGCCCUCUGCCGGUACUUCAGCAAUGAGCGGAUCACGCCCAUCACUGAAGAGAGUGCCUCUCCUGUGUACCGCUUCUCCAGGCCCCUCACUGAGCGGCACCUGGUGCGGGGCGCGGACUACAUCCGCGGGAGCAGAUGCUACAUCAACUCCGAUCUACACAGCAGCGCCACCAUUCCAUUCCAGGAGGAAGGCUCCAAGAAGAAAUCGGCCAAGGCCUCUUCAGGGGAGCCGUCGCUGCUGGUCAGCUGGUUGACUCGCCUCAAGCUGUUGACUCACUGAGGUUGCUGCCCGACCAGCGCCCUGCCUGUCUCCUGCUAGCAAGUGCCUUCUUCCUCAGUGGACAGCUUCUUCAGACUCCUUCCGCAGUGCUCCGUGGCGGCGACCUUACUUCCCUCCACUUUUUUUCUUUUAAGGUUGUAUACUGUCAUUCCUGGAGUUUCGAGGUCACCAGAGGGCAUCAUAUCCAGUGGAUCUUAGGUGCUGUCUGUGGAGGCAGAAGGAAGGACAGACAUGCCACAGCCUGCCAAGUUUUGCCUUCCAACUGUGGGAACACGGAGACAGACUCUUUAAAGUGUGCGUUGGCCAGACAGCUUAAUGUCAGGAAUUGGCAGAAUUGCACACUUUUGUUUUCUUGGGCAAAUCAAAAAAUUGUUGGGCUUUGUCACACAGAUAUGUUGGUUUGUGGCCCAGCUUCUGGAUGUGGAAAUGCCGAAGGAGAAAAACCUCUGUUUUGAUUUUUAAAGCUAUAGAGCAUAUUUAUAAAAGUGCGGCAGCGUCCACUGCACAGUAACAUGAGUGUGUGAGGCUCUUUGGCGCAGGGCUUUUACCUGCAGAUCAGCUGUUACAAGUGCUCAGCCCUUCCCCCCCCUUCUCAGUGACAGCCUUCGUGUAGGUGAGCCAAGACACACACUCACGAGCACGGUUUGAUACAACUUGGCACAUUCAAAGACGUGUGCGCGCUUUUUGUGAGCGGUGUCGCGGUUGUGCGUAUUUGGUCAGUGAGGGAAAGAAGAUAUAAGAUUUGCUGACAGCCAAAGUAUAUCGUUCUGGGAAGCUGAAGCAACCAGAUUUAGAGUUGUGAGGCAUGGGUCAGUUUGCAGCGUUGGCCCGUUUGCUGUCCAUGUUCUGGGGGGUGGGGCGGGCGGAGGAGCCUAGGACCCUUCCCAGGUGUACACAUUUUUGCUAAUUAGAAAGAUCUCAGAAAGCCUCGUGGUCAAUGACUUUCAACUAGGAUCAGGUAUUUUGAAAAUGUGUGUCUGAAUAUUAACUCUUGUUUAAAACCGAAUGUACCAUAUUUUGCUAGGAUGGAAAAUACCCUAUCUUGUUAAUUUAAGUGUUUUAAAUAGAGUUGUAUAUUUUUCUUACCUCUUAGUCACAUGUAAUUGAAACAUUUCUGUUUUGCGUCAUACGUGAAACCCAAGGAGAAAGCAUUCACCGUGUUUGCAGAUUUACAAGUGACCCACUCUGGCCGUUGGCAGCAUGGGCGCUCAUAUUAAAGAUGGAAAUAAAUUCUCCCAA